AGGAAUAGUCAGCAUAACUAUUUAAUACAGUAUACAUUUUCUUUCCCUUUUUUGUUUUUCUUUUCUGUCAAAGUUUCUAGUGGCUCCGUUUGCUAAGAUUCUGAAACUUGUUGUUACUUGAAUUAUAAAAGGCAUCCCAAAAAUCAGAACCUCUUUAUUAUCUGAUCUGAAUAUCCAAGAAAAAAUCAAAAACUCUCUAUAAAUACCUAGUUAAAGUGAUGCAGAAAGCCCAAGUUAUUUGUUCAAUAUUCUUGGUUUUGUGCUUAGUUGCAGCAACCAAAUCAAUGGGAGAUUCUGAAGAAGCAAAAGUGUAUAUUGUUCAUACUGAGAAACCUGAAGAUCAAGAACCUGAGGAGUACCAUAUCAAGACCUUAGCUUCUGUUCUUGGCAGUGAGGAUGCUGCAAAGGAGGCUUUGAUUUAUAGUUACAAGCAUGCAGCUAGUGGGUUCUCUGCCAAGCUGACUCCUGAGCAGGUUUCUGAGCUUUCAAAGCAACCUGGGGUCUUGCAAAUCGUACCAAGCGAAAAACUCCAUUUACAUGGAACAGAGCGUAUGUGAAAGCCAACUCUUGUGACUCCAUCACCAAACCAAUUUACCUUGAUAUGUGUACAGGCUCAUGAUCCAUACUUUAACAGUCUGUUGGGAACUAAAUUAUGUAGCAUUGUAUUAUGCAUAGGUAUAGGGAAGUUUGUUCCACGAAUGCAAACUUGGUGAUGCGAUGCGUGCUCAAAUAAAUGGAAGUAAAAUGUGUUUUAACAUGUGA